GUUGACACGCAACAAGUUGCCUUUGAACGCGUCACAGCUCUGACCUUCCCGCCCACUUGCAAUUGCGACAUGCCCGACUGCCCACGAACGCAGCACAGUGCAAGGUUCACCCGCGGGUAUUUUGUCGAGGGAAUCGAGCCAUCGUCAUCUUCAUCAUCAUCAGCUGAGGAAGUUUCUCCUGGUGACCGCGAGCCGCUUUGAGCCGACAACAUGACUCGCAGCGGUUCUUCCCCCCCUCUUUCCCCUCCCCUCGUGCCACCAUGCCCAUCCUCAAGAACCUGCCGGUGCGACUGAAGGGCGGCGGUCCGACCCUCGACAACGCUUUGUUCAUCCGCAGGAUGAGCCUCAACAUCAACCCCCACCACCACACCCCCUUCGACGACGACGGCGGUGGCCAUGGCAACCACUGGUCGCCGGGCGGCUCCUUCCUGGACGGCAACGUUCCGGGGGACCGCAACCCCUUUGAGGACGAGGAAGAUGAGAACGAGGCCAACGAGGGCAAGAAGGGCAAAGGGGGCUCAGGGAAGGGCUCCUUCAAGAUCAAAUCCCCCCUGAAGAGUUUGGGAAAGCUGGGGAAGACCCUGAGGAUGUCGGCGCGCAGCAAAGACAGCGCCGCAUCCUCGCCACAGGGGUCGCUGCAGGGGACGCCGUCGCCUGCGGAAAAGAAGAAGAGAGGCAGGCGGAGCUCGGAGGGAAGUCUGCUCAGGUUUGCGGGCAAAUACCGCGACACCCUCAGCUUCCGCACCAACGGCGAGCUCAACUGUUCGGAGAGCGAGUGCGACUCCACCAGCCGUCGUGUGUCCUUCAUGAAGAUGGUGGGCUUGGGGAAGACGAAGAGGGAGUCUGGGGCCGACCACUCGUCGCAGGGCCCCGAGGAGCAGCCGGUGCACAAGGAGCCGGAAGAGGAGGUCAAGCCCAGGGAGCCACUGUCAGUUCUAGAGAUCCUGCAGCUGGUCAAGAAGCGGGACCUCGUCUUGGCCGACACUCACAUCCUGGAGCUGGAACAGGAAUGUAAUGGGUCGGACGGCGGCACGCAGCCGGAGGACGUGUGCAGCCCGAGCGUCAAAGAUGGCGGCCGCAGGAAGGCGAAGGACGUGGAACUGCUGUACGAGGAGUUGCAGAAGGAGCUGUGGGCCGUGGUGAGGGAAUCGCUGCGGUCGCCCACAGCCGGGCCCAACCUGGGCCUGGUGGUUCAGGUGCUGCAGCAGGAAGAGCAGACUGAUCGGGACCGGGCCUGCAGCGAGGCGGCAGCGGCGGGGCCCAGACCGCGGCAGCUGAAGCAGCGCUGGAAGGAGGCGGUCGAGGAUGCCGCCGACAGUUCCCUGCCCCAGAAAGCUGAGUUCACAGCUGGAGAGCUGGCGGGGUACCUGGACCGCAUUCGAGUCCGCGUGGUGGAGGACCUGGGGGCCGCCAAGAGGAACGUGGUGUCCAUUUACCCCGAUGAGUACCGCGCCCUACAGGUGUACAUGCAUAGCUACCACAAGGCGGUUGCUAAGCGACUGCAAUCCAUUACUGACCAACAGCUGGAGAUCACCGACAUUUACUCCCUGCUGGACUGGCUGCACAACAUCUACAACAGGGAUGUUCUGGCAAAGGUGUGCAUCAUGGACCCUCUGAGUGCCUCUCAGCUCCAACCCCUGCUGCCCCCAGAAACGCUGGACAGACUGGAACAGGACUGUCUCAACUCCGUGCGGGCUAAAGUGACCACCGAGCUGAGUCAGGUGCUUGAUGACGAAGAGAAGCGGUGGUUUGAAACGCUGCACGUCGAGGAGUUCCACAUAACUCUAGCCAAGACCAUCAUACAGAGGCUGCAGGUUGAUCUGGAACGUUCCGCCUCCAUCAACAGGAGUUUGGGUUCCAGAGUGGCUCAGUGCAGCCUCAACGGCCUGGCAGACUUCCUCUACAGCUUUCAGCGUAAAGUGGAAAUGUUUCACGAAGGCAUGCAGAGCGGAAUGUUUGGAGAACACGAGGACGGAUACGUGUCCAGAACUGUCGCGCUGGUCAACUGCUGUCCGCCCUUCAGAGGUUUCGUGCAGCGAUGCGCUCAGUGCGAGCCGGCGGCCAGUGAGGACUCUCUGAGGAGGGCAGACAAAGCUUUGGACCACAUCGUCCAGCAGGGGGUCAGAGUUCUCUCUGAGCACCUGUUCCUGCACAUCCGGCCUUUCUUCGAGCGUCUGGUGAAGAGGAAGUGGCUGAGCAACACGGAGCCAUAUGAGCAGAUAGAAGCUGCGAUCAAAGAACACUUCAAGAAAUAUCACAGGAUGGACAAUCCACCUUACCAGCUCCUAGUGGCGGAGGUCCAUCGGCGCGUGGUGAUGGAAUAUCUUCGCUCGGUCAUGCGAGGGCGAAUCAUCUGCACGUCGCUGAAGAUGAGGAAGAGGAUGGGGGGCCGCCUCCGAGACGAAGGCAGGGACAUCAAAGUCCUCUUCAAGGACCUGGAGUCUCCAUCGAGCUGGCUGGACGGCGCUCUGUCUCACAUCUCAGAGGUGAUCCAGCUGGAGGACGUCCCGUCCAUCCAGAUGGAGGUGGGAGUUCUGGUGCGGGAGUUUCCGGACGUCAGGAAGAAACACGUGUCGGCCAUUUUGAACAUCCGGGGCAUGACCCGGCAGCGGGAGCGCCAGGAGAUCCUCAACAUCGUCAAGGACAUCGAGAGCAACGACGGCGGUCUGGCCCGGAUGUCCAGGGACCGCGCCCUCUUCUCCGAGGUUCCGGUCACUUCCGAGGUCCACUGCCUGAACGUCGGCCUGAGCCGCGUCGCCCUCACCGCCUCUUCCUGCUUGGCCACGCUGCGGCCGCGCAGACGUAAAGCCCGCACGUCAGUCCACGAGAACCCGGAUGAUGUUCUCUAAAGCGCCUGGAUCCGUUUUGGAACAGCAGAUUGCUUCUGUUCUGUAACAUGACUGACUUCUAAAAGUUCUAAAACCUUUUUUAGAUUUUCUAUUGCAGGGGUGGGGAACCUGCGCCUUUAAUCCGGCCAGCCACGCAAUUCUACUAAAUAACAUUUUCUUUGAUUAUUUCUUAAAUUCAGUAUGAAAAAAGGCUCCCUACCCAUGUUUUACUGGUUCUGUUUAGAUAGGCUAAUCGUAUGUUAAGUGGAUCCAGUUCGAAAAGCACCUGCAGUUCCGUUAGUGGCCACUAGACUGAAGCCUCCAGAUGUCUGAAUGAGGACUGCGUUCAUGUUUCCCUCCCUCAGUUUGGACCUUCUUCCCUGCAGGGACUGUGGAAGCACUUUAAGCCAGGACCCAAACGGGAACGUGGUCCCCGAUUGUGAGCUGAGACCGCCGGGAUGCGUCUUUAUUGUAUGUUGCACAUGAGAAAAAGAAAAAGUAGAACUGUAUAAAUCAGGUACUAGACGACCAUGUGACCAGUCUGAUUGUAUUUAAAACAAUGAUGGUGUUCAGAAAGAUUGAUCAUGUUUUGGUGGUUAACCAAUCCUAAUGUUGAACUUUAUUGAUCGGGGUUUGGAUGCAGAACAAUAUGAUCGCUCAUUGACUUAUGAUGAUAAUUUUUUUUUGUGUACAAUCAGCCACACUCAGAUUUACAAAAUAUCUUUUAAAGAAUCAACAACAUUCUGACUUAAAAUGUGGAAGUAAACCAGGUUGAUUCAUGUUGGUGGACUUAUUUCCACAUAGAUGUUUUUUUCUCCCCACCAUCUGGCACUUUCCGGAAUAAAAUUCAGGUGAAAGUUGACUCGCUUUAGAACUGAUUUGACAAUGCUGUAUAUGUUUGACAGCAAUUAAUGACAAUAAAACAGAUGGUGUCUAUAACAAA